AAGCUUCUGAAUUCUGAAAUUAUUGCUUUCUUUCCUAACUUGUUGUACAUUGUACACUGUUGCUGCGAUCUGUACUCUUUUGGAGCUGGAUGUACGUAGGGAUCUAAUCUCCGACUGACUUUCGUAAUAUUCUAAUUUGUACGGCCAAUGAAGCGACUAAUUAGACGCGAUCGAGUUUGAAGACCUCCGUCCUCCCUGGAGGCACUUAUUAGCACCUUAUACGAGUUCCAAUGGCUCAGAAUGCAUACCCUGCUCACUUGUAUCAACAGCAACCAACUUACCCGCAAUAUGCGCCCUCUAAUCAACCUAAUCCGGCCGGACAGUAUCAACCACAGUCAUACCCUCAACCUAAUGUCUACCAGCAGCACCCUCCCCCCAUUGAUACCCAGCAGCGUUAUCCUUCUGGUCCCUCACCACAAGCAUAUUACCCUCCUCUGCAGACCCAAUUUCUUCCUAGAGUAGCUCAAGGUCCGCCAACGCCUUAUUCCCCGAGCCAGCCUCAUCCGUCGCAGCCAGGAGUUCAUUAUCACCAACCACAACCUGUAGUUGCACCUACGCCUGCGGACAUCACGCAACGAUAUGCACCCAAUGCUUACCCUUCCCCCAUCUCCCCCGCUAACCCGCCAUCUGCCUUUCGUAGACCACUUCCUAAUCCCGCAAAUGCACCGAGACCCGGCUCUGUUGCUCAAGCAGAAGGAGCUUCUUCUGGGUUCAAUUCCCAGUCACGACAAAUUUCUCAUAGACCUUCCAGCUCCCUCUCGACAUCGCCUUCCUCUGCUUCACAAGUGGCAUCAGCUAUUUCUAAAUUCAGCUCAAUGUCUGUGAAUACCGCAAGCAUGUCGCAGAAUUCCAGCCACUUGGGGAGACCCUUACCGCAGCCGCGUGCUACUCAAACUGUGCGCAGUGGGAGUCCCGUCAAGCUUCCCCAACCUGCCCAGCCAAGUGGUGUGCCCGUGACUCCAAGUAGUUCACAAUCCCAACCGCACGAACAGCCAGACUUGCCUGGUCAGAAAUUUGUUCCUAUGUGGAGACGUACUCUUCCAUCUCCAAUGGCGCCAAGUCCUGGGAUCGCUAACAAUCCACAAACUAGCACUAUGCAGCGUACCCCGGUGAUUGUCCCUGCACUCAAUGGAUCUUCUGACCCCAAACAGAACUCACAACCUGCCAUGGCGCGUCGUCCGACGAUAUCACGCCCACUACCACAGUCUCCAGGAGGUCAAUCUACUCCGUCUCGCAUGAGUCUUCCCAACGCUCCAAGUUCUCAUGGUCAAUUACCGCGCCCUCCUCAGACGCCAGGUUCUACUCCUCGUACAAAGCCAAUUGUAUCGGGAUCUAUCCCAUCAGAUGCAGAUGCACAGGUGAUUCCCUCUCAUUCGCCUUUCCAGCGUCGCGAGCGGUCGCGUACACUCCCUCAACCCCAGCCUCCGCCGACAAGCGCCAUUCCUUCACGCCCAGUAAUGACACCGAAGAAGAGUGAACCAGUUGCGCGUACUACCAGGAUUGCAUCCUCGGUCUCUACGUCAUCUGACGAGGAUCUCAGUGGUAUAUCGCUGUUGCAAAGAAGGAGUAUACAUAAGGAUUCCAACGGCGUCGACCCGACGCCGACAGCACCAAGGACCCCCAGUCCACAGUAUGGUAUCAAAGAUUUACCUUCUCGUUCGCGUGUUUCCAAUGAAACUACUCCGAGAGGUCAACAAGUUAACUCCAGUCGGCAUGUCCGUGCACCUUCGUCACCAACUCGUGCUCCUCCUCUCCCGAAUCGCAGGACUCCAUCACCGACUAGAACAGUUCUUUCGUCUGGUCGCUUCUCACCUCCAAAGGCAAUCUCCAAUAGUCCUGAACGAGUGCCAAGUGUCAUCCAUCAGCCGUCGGACCCUCAAUCGUCCAUAUUCAAAUUUGCUACUAUGGAGGCCCUAGGGUACGUACCUGCUACGAGUCCGCCGACGAAGAAGGCAGAGCAUCCUAUGCAAGAGAUGACCAGGACGGCGUCACAACACUCACGUUGGCCAGAAGGUGUACCUCGUUUACCCAAACCUCCAGGCCAGUCGUCAAGCGGAUCAUCUCCCGGGUCGUCCGUGCAUAACACGUCUCCUGUUCGAACGUCGCAGGUGCAACCAAAGCUACCGAUCCGUGAUCAGUCACUGAACAACCCAGUGGCUAAUACGCCAUUCAGUCAACGUCAGAAUCACAGUCGUUUCCCACCAAACUUGGAUGAUGCACCCCCGCCCUCUCUGCGACGAUCACCCUCACCCGAUCCGACGCGUCGAGCGCCUCAUACUGGGCUUCCCAGCAUACGAACGCAGGACUCCAGGGGUUCACCAGUUCGCAGUCAUCCUCCGUCUGCCGUCACCCCAAACUCUGCAGCAUCGAUGUUCUCGUUGUCAGAAUUUCCUGCCGUUCCUUCUCAUCCCCCACCUCCUCCACCUGCACUGCCUUCCCAACCUCGUCCGAAAGAGGGCGGUCCUAGGUCACCUCAACGACCUUCACCACGUCGUUAUGAUAGUGAUCGUCCUUCGAUACCCAAGAUCUCAUUUCCCGCAGACCCAGAUGAUGAUUCUUCCGACUCUGAUGUUGGAGGUCCGGUUAUUAACAUUUCCGGGCCAGGUGGAAGUACCACAGGUCCUAUUAUUUCUAUAGGCAACUUCGACGAGGAUGAAGAAGACGAUGGGCAAUUCCCAGGCAUUUCUAUCAAUGUUGCGGACGAUUCUGAGCAGCAACCUCAUCGACCUCGGGCGCAGCGUGAGUUACCUCCACCUGCUGCUGUCUUGGGUCAAGGUGGAAGGUUUUGUGGUGGGUGUGGAGGGACGAUUAUGGGACGGAUCGUUAGCGCUAUGGGCGAGCGGUGGCAUCCGGAUUGCUUCAAGUGUUGUGUUUGCGAUGAACGGUUGGAGAACCUAAGUUCGUAUGAACAUGAAGGGAGACCGUACUGUCAUCUCGACUAUCACGAGAUAUUCGCUCCCCGUUGUUAUCAUUGCCAAACUGCCAUCGUGGACGAACUCUUCAUCACUCUCGAUGAUCACGAACUCGGUAAACGCACCUACCACGAACAACACUUCUUCUGCGCCGAAUGCGGAGACCCCUUCGUACCUCCCGGUUCUGGAAACCGAAGUUUUAGCGGAGACGGUCUGUUUAAAGCAGAUGAAGACGACGUGGGGUUCACGGUGUUUAGAGGUCAUCCGUAUUGCGAAGCUUGUCAUGUGAAGUUAAGGUUGCCGAAGUGCAAGAAAUGUAAGAAGAGCAUUAGGGAUGGGACCCAGGCCGUAGAAGCUAUGGGUUGGAAGUGGUGUUGGGAAUGUUUCACUUGCAUGGGCUGCGACAGACCGUUCGAUAACCUGUCGUUCUAUGAGCGGGAUCAAAAACCAUUUUGUGAACGUUGCUUCAGCAUCAUCAUCAAGAGCGAGAUAUGAGGACGUCAAGUAUCCGAAUACCCAUUCGUUCAAGCCAUAUCUUCCCUGGGACAUUUUUUUUUCUUCAUAUAAUGACAUUAUUUGUUUCUUGUCCAUGCCAUUUCUUUCUCACUUCGAUUCAUCUUGACUAGUAUUUAUCGUCGUCUGUGCUUUCUUUUUGACUCUUUCGAGACCAUGUAGAACAUAUCACUCAUCCUCAAUGACCUGACCAAAUGACGAACAGCGGAAGUAGUCACGUAUAAACAGGCUGUAUGUAUUAUAUAUAAAAUCAUGAGCAGAAUCGGAAGCAGAGAGUAAUCACAACAU